AUGGAAGAGAAGCAAUCCUAUCUCGGCUCCAAAGCCGCCAAAUAUGCCCUGGGCGUCCAUCGUGGUCCUCUUCCCCCAGAUGAUGGCGAAGGCGUCGCAAUCGAACAUGUCGAGACGGCAAACACCAUCUCGUUAGAGAAAAGGGAAAAGACGAGGGCUGAGCGAGCACGCCGCCACUGGGCUCGAUUUUGGUGCUGCUACAUUUUUUGGAGCAUUAUCUUCCUGGUAGUUUUCUUGCCCGUUUUCUUCACGGUCAUCAUCCCGGCCAUUGCCCAAAGAGUGCUCGACAAUGCGUCGCUCGUCGUCACCGAGACGAGCGUUAUGCAGCCGCGGCCGGAUUCGAUUAUGCUUAGCUUGAAGACUGCUCUGAAACUACCCAUCGGCGUUCCUGUACGUAUCGAGCCCAUAGCGAUCAGUCUAUUCAACCGCAAGGAAAAGGGCAACGGUACCUGGGCCAAGGUGUACCUUGAUGGCGCAACGAUCGACGGGAACACCACCCUAGGAAUCGACAACCAAUUCACCCCGUUGAACGUAGAGCAAUGGAAAAAAUACGUCCACAGCGUGGUCUUCGAGAAGAACGCCCCGCUAUCGCUCAACGGUAAAACCACCGCAUACCUCGGCAAACUGAAGAAUCACGUCACCAUGGAUAAAGACGUGAAGCAAAAUACUCUCAACUCGUUCUCUGGCUUCUCCGUCGCGGACCCUCAACUCCUUCUCCCUCCGAGAGAGGACGGGACCAACCUCAUUGCCAACGCCACCCUGCCCAACCCCUCCGUUAUGACCUUGGAAAUCGGAACAACGAUCCUGGACCUCAAAAGUGGAGACCUCGUCAUCGGCAACGCAACCAUCGACAAUCUUAUCCUCAAACCAGGCAACCACUCAUCCCCCAUCCACGGCAUCAUGGACCUCAAGGUCUUAAUCAAGAACCUCGUACCCAUCCUGCAGACCCAGGCCAGCUCCCUCAAGAAUGGCUACCUCACCCUUGACACCGUCGGUAAAUCUGUCGUCUACGACGGCGUCGAGGUCCCCUACUACACCGAAGUAAUGAGAAACCUAACCAUGACGGCGCAAGUGCCCCUCGGCGGCCUGAUCACGAACACUCUACGCGGCCUCCUCCACGACGACAGCGGAACCAAUAUUUUCGCCAAUCUCACUGACAAUUCAGACACAAAUAGCGGCGGCGGCGGCGGUUUACUCAGCAAUUUGCUUGGGGAUUCUAACAAGGGCCUGAGUAAUCUGUUGACUAGCCGCGCCGUGGAUGAACUCUUGAAUAAUCCUGAAAAGCGCUCGUCUAUGAUUAAUAUUCUAGAGGGGUUCCUAUAA